CGAACGGGCAGUGACAACCAUUGCCCAUUCUUCCUCUGAGUCAGCAGAGCACAGCCUAGGAAAGCUUGGUUUUCUUGCACCAUGCACGCAGUUAUUCAGCACCUCCUUGGGUUGACUGACCCUGUUUGUUUGGAAGCACAGCAGUAGCUGCAGGCUGGGGAGGGCACGUGUUGCAGAGUGUUAGGCUGGCUGGGACUCCUGUUACCAUUGUACACAGCACACCCAGCAACACACCAAUACACCAACACUGCCCCUGGCUGCUUGACCAACAUCCUGGGGCACUCAACCUGUGUAGGUGCCCCAUCUGCACCCAAAAAUAUGGUAAGUGACCCUUCAGCAAUAAAAAAUGAACUAUCUUAAAGGUGGUGGGGGGGGUGUAGCAGAGUGGAAAUAGAAACAGCAGCAGCAAAUCUCUAUCUAGAGACUAAGAACAACAUAGGUCUAUUUCACAGAUUUAAAACUAGGUAUUUUAACUAUAUUUGUUUAAUUAUUGUUUAGGACACUACUAAGAAAAUGAGCAAACACUGCUUCUUGCAGUGGUUUAGUUUUAGGUCAGAGCAGGGCACCACAGAAGGCAGCAGACUGUUGUGAUACUAAAGCAUGUCCAGUUUUCAUCGUGUAUUGUUUUCAAAACAGGCUAAUUCCGUUUCCCUAAAACAGGUACCCUCAGGGGGGAUUUACAGCUCCCUUCAGAAUGGGUUAUUAUAGAGUUCCAAUCUGGCAGUUUUAGAAGUCUCCCUUACCAAAAGCAGAUGGUGAACAAACUGGCAGGAUUUCUGUAUUUCAGAAUUUGGCAAGGCAGCAGGUAGUAAGGAUGGGAAUAGAAAAUGAAAAGGAUUUUUGUUUGUUGCUACAUAAGGUAAGCUCCACCCUCUCCCCAGUUCCCCCACUGUGUGCAGGCUGGUGGGAGCUGCUGUGGACCCGGGGGGUCAGGCCUAACCUAACCAAACCUUCCCUUUUGCCUUCCAGCACUUUUCUACAGACUUUUACCACCCAUUCCACCAACUCAUGACUGGGGCUGCAGGGAUGCUGGGGACAUCCCCACGGCUCACCAUCCCAGUGGACAUCCCCCCCUUCCACUUCCAGCCCCGCCGGAUCAGUGUGGACUGGCGUCGCUUCAGUGCCAUUGAUGUGGAGCGGGUGGCCAGGGAGGUGGACGUAGCUGUGCUGCAGGAGCACAUUGCCAGCAUCACCUUCUGUAACCUGGAUGGGGAGCGGUGCCCCCACUGCGGGCAGCCGGCAGACCCCGUCCUGCUCAAGGUGCUCAGGAUGGCCCAGCUGAGCAUCGAGUACCUCCUGCACUGCCAGGAGCGCCUGCGGACCAGCCUGGCCAUGCACACCCAGCGCCUGGAAGCUGCCCGUGCAGAGCUGGCUUCCACCCAGCAGCAGGCAGCAGAGCAGGUGGUGCAGCUCCAAGUGUCAAAAGAGGAGAGCAGAAGAUGGAAGAAGUUGCUUGCCAUACAGCAGCCCCUUUUGCAAGCUGGCCCCAACAUCUAUUGCAAGUGCCACCUCUGUGAUAAAGCCUUCAUGAACAGCUCCUUCCUGCAAGCCCAUGUGCAGCGCCGGCACGCAGAGACCACCGAGAAGGAGAGGAGGAAGAUGAGACAGGUGGAGCAAAUGGAGGAUGAAGUGGAGGAGCUGAAGGCAAAAUUGAGGGAGAUGCAGCAGCAGCUGCAAGCAGAGAGGGAAGUGGAGAAGCUGCACAGGGAGCAGGAAACAGAGAGAGCUCGACAGCGAGAAGAGGAAAGCAGGAAAUAUUUGGAAAGGUGGAAAGAGGAGGAGAGGACAAAGCUGCAUGAAGAGAUAGAUGGCCUGAAGCAGCUCUUCCUCACAGCAUUCAAAGACAUGGCCAGCAGGAGCAGUGCCAUGGAGGGGAAGCUGCAGGAGCUUCAUGCCAGAGAGGUGUUGGAGUCCAACCUGGGAACCCUGCGGGAUGAUGACACUGAGGAGGCAUGGUGGCAGGCAUCAGGCAGGGCAGAGAGGGAGAGGAUGGCGGUGCAGAAAAAGAACAAGACACCCCGUGACACCCCAUCACAGGACCAGUGGGCAGUUAUGGACUGUGUCCAUCAGCAAAUGGAUGCCCUCAGCACCCAUCUCAGGGAGCAGCCCAGACUCACCAAGUCCCAGGAGAAGAAGAUCAAGCUGCUCUCUGCAGGAAAACCUGAAGUGACCCAGGAGGUGACCAAAGCGGAAGCUGAUGAAAAGUCAGCAGGCAGUGAGGAGGCCAUCCAGGGUGGGAAGCAGAGGCUGCUGGAAGCCCUGCGGAGAAACCCAAACCUCCUGAAGCAGUUUCGCCACAUCCUGGAAGAAGUGCUGGAGGAAAAGCUGGAGAGCAUGGGCGUCAAGAGGGUUGCAAAGGGAAUCUCCACUCGGACCUACAAAAGACUCCAGGCUCUGGUCAGGCUUCAGCAGCAACAGAAGGCUGUGAAAUUUCCUGCUCUCCUCCACCUGAGGGAUGAGUUGGUCCAAGCACUGAUGGGGAAAGUCAGGCGAUGCAAGAAGUCCAGCAGUGCUUUGCCUCAGCAGCUCUCUGCCAUCCCAGCUCAAAGCCUGAAGACUCCCAGGUCCUUUCAUGGGUUGAAGCCCAUGAGUAUACCAGCUGCAGUAGAGCCUGAAGCCACAGUGAUCCCUCACCCUGUGUCUUGGAGCAGAGCCCUCUCCACGUACAUCCCCUCAAGGACUCCUUGGGGCACUGUGGGGACCAGCAGAACCCACCGAGUUGUCCCACGAAGGAGCUCAGAAGUGAUGCUGAGAGGGAAGCAGCUCAGCCUGUCCUCCGUGAAGCCAGCGCUCUCUGCAGUGAUGCUGGGUGAUGAGACUGACUCUGAUGGGUCAGACCUGGACUCGCUGGAGGAAACUGCUGGUUCAGGUACCGCCUGUUCUUGUAGCAACUGCUGUGGGUUAGUGAAGGGGUGGGAACAACCCAGGUUAGUACCACCAGUGCCACCGUGUCACCUUCUUCCUGGGGUUGAAGUGGAACACAUUGUACCCCACCCAUACCCAGCCAGGCAACAGGGCACUGAUGGCUUUAUCUAUCAGCAACUUUUGUACCUGACCCUGCCAGGGUAUUUUAUAGGAUCUUAUAAUAGUUUGGGUUGGAAGGGACCUUAAAGCUCAUCAGUUCCAACCCCCUGCCAUGGGCAGGGACACCUUCCACUAGACCAGGCUGCUCCAAGCUCCGUCCAGCCUGGCCUUGAGCACUGCCAGGGAUGGGGCAGCCACAGCUUCUCUGGGGACCUGUGCCAGCACCUCAGCACCCUCACAGGGAAGAACUUCUUCCUAAUAUCUAAUCUAAAUCUCCCCUCUUUCAGCUUAAAGCUCUAACCUCUUUUCCUGUCACUAUAUGCCCUUGUAGUGACAAAAACCCCCUUCAGGCAUUGGUAUUAGCCCCUUUUUCCUAGGGCACAGUAGAUCUUCAGCUCUUCCUUUG